UGAAUAACAUGCGGCCCAUGUCAAGAUUUGCUAAACUACAGUGAAACAUUUUCCGUUUUGACUAAUGCGCAAAUUACAACCCAAAUCUCAAUUAAUUUUCCGCGGAAAAUUCUGUGAGGGGCGGAGUCAGGGUGUUUUCCCUCGAACCCAUUGGCGUAAAAUUGGGAAACGAGCCAGGGGCGGUCCUGAGCUGUUUUUCCAUUGGUCCAGAGGAAUAUUUCGCGCUGUAUCUCGUCUUGAGUCCUGAAAUCCUGAAAGUGACAUUAGUAUCUAUCUGAAGUGUAAUCUUUCAGCAAAUCUUUCAUACAAGUGUGUCGAGCUCAUAAUUGGUUUUAAAGUGUGUGAUCAAUAUCUGGAGAUAUGGAUGAGAUAAGGACCAAAUUUGAUAAAAUGUUAUCUGUGAGUCGUUCUGCAGCAGCCAGAGUACCGAAAUGUGCAAGAUGUCGAAACCAUGGGAUGAUAUCGAAGUUGAGAGGGCAUAAAAAGCACUGCAUCUACAAAAACUGCGCCUGUGAAAAGUGUGGGUUGAUCAAAGAAAGACAAAGAAUUAUGGCGAAACAGGUGGCUCUCAAACGCCAACAGGCAGCAGAAGACGCCAUAGCUCUUCAUCUAGCAUCAGCCCAAUCAGGAACCAAAUACGAGUACCUUCCACCAGGCAGAAUCUACGGCAUGCAGGUAACAUCGCCAGAACCAGCAAGUCCAGAUCUACCAGAAGCCAAAACUCCGGAAGACUCCAAGGAAUCAAGUCAAGAGGAGAUAGUGGUUUCAUCCGCCUCCUUGGACAUGCUAGGCAAGCUUUUCCCGCACAAGAAGCGAGCUGUCUUGGAGCUAGUGCUCAAGAGAUGCAACCACGACCUACUUCGCGCUAUAGAGCACUUCAACAAUAGCGGGGUUAGCAAGAUUUCGGAGGUAAAGGAAGAGACAAGUUCUGCAUUCAGACCUGUGGGUAACAAGAACGCCAGAGUUGUUCCUGGUCAUCAGAAUAUCCCUCUCAUACCGUCAAACAAAGUCUUCAUGCACAGUAUCUACCCUUUGCUGCCUUGGUUCAAUUCAGCCCAAGUUUUACCAAGCCCUGUCUACGUGCCUGGUUUUUGCGAAUGCGAGCAAUGCAAGCAUAAUAUUUAUGGUGCUUCAGAUAACAGGAUUUGAGGGAGGAAAGGGGAAAUUGAAACUUCCACUAAGUGACAUAUUUAUUUGGUUGCUGUGAGAUCUAAGAUGCCAGAAUACUCCUUUUGGUACUGUCUAACGCUUGAAUUCUAAUCGAUCUAAAGAUCUUUGUUUUUCCAAUUAUAAUCUCUGAAUGAAAAAUGAUCUUCAGCUAGAUCUAAGUAGAUAUCAGGUAGAAUAUGACUUGAAUCUGCUCAAUCAAUAGUUUUUAGAAUAGAUGAAGUUAUUUAAUAUGUACCUCAGUAUUCUAGAAAAUUCAUAAUAAACACUUUAAUGGUAUAGUGAGCUGUAAUUAUUAUUAUUAGUUUUGUAUUGGAAAAUACAAAUGUGCAAGUUGUAUAUAAGCCAAAGGAACCAUCAGUGCUUUUAAAUUCACUCAUAUGGUGGACAUAUUUUUGGCACUGAUUAGCUCGACAUAGAUCGGUCAAACAGGGUAUCUCUUUUACUUAUGGAAAUAUUUACAAUUUAUCGUCUUGUUAAGAUAUGAGUUUUUUAGAGUUAUGUAUGCUGUAGAGUUUUGAAUUUAUCUUGAUGUGUAUUAUAUUGUUCUGAAAAUAUUCAAUAAAUUUUAAGCUUUU